AUGGCUUCCCGGCUGCAGAAAGCAUUGAUGAAACUCAAGGCAGUUCUCCGUCUCUGUCUCCUUCCCCGGCAACGGUCACGACGGCUCGGAUCAUUCGAUUCCGACGACGAUCAAAAAGUAGGUAUACGGAUUGUGUUGGAAGAUCAGAGUAGAAUCGCUGAGAGUUCUUUUGUGAGAAAGCUUGAGCGUGCUUCCAGUUCAAGAUACGGAGGCUACGAAGAAGAUGUCGAUCAACGAGCGGAGAUUUUCAUCGAGAAUUUCCGGCGUCAACUGAGGUUAGAACGACAGAUUUCUUUGCAAUUGAGGUAUUAUAGAGUUAAUAGCUACGAAACAGAGUAUGAACAGAGAUCUCCGUCGUCGAUUACGUGA